CCCCCCCCUCCAGCCCUCGACUGCCCUCCUCCCCUCCCGGCAUCCGACUCCUCCAAGGAGCCCCAAUGCCCGAGCGUCGACUUCCGGCACCCGGCGACUCUCGUUCCCUCUGACACCGACUGUGUACCACACGCACACACACACACACGCGCAUACACACAGACAUAGACACACGCACGCACGCACGAGCUCGCCUCCCUUCCCUGGCCCUUGUGUCCCUGCACCUCCUAGCGAACGAGAUCCGCCCUGCCGAGUGGACCUUCCCCAAUUCCUACACCUCUCCCCCCUCCCCCCGUUCCCCAUGGUGAUGGCGCAUUCCUCCACCUGGGCCAACUUCACCGAGACCGACGCCCUCUUGAUGGAGGAGCACGGCCUCGACGAGGAACAUCAGUUCAUCGUCCUUUCAUCGAGUUCCAACAAUCUCGCCUCUUUCUUCGGCUCCUAUCGCGAAUCUGAGUAUGCACCCAGCCCCACUGGCGUAGAUCUCUCCUUCGCCUUUGUCCAGGGGUCUCUCAAUGCCCCGUCCGGGCAGUCGCCCCUGCGAGCAGGUGCUGGCGCCACCGGCACCGGGCACGACGCAUCCGAGCACUCCCCCUCCCUGGAUCUUGGCAUCCAGCCGGUCGGCAGCUCCAUGGUCCUGCCCAUCCCGACGCCGGAAUCAUGGUCGCGAGCGGGACGCCCCGCCUCGGCUGGCACGGCGGCUUCGGCCCUCGGGGCCCCGGAGUCACUGGGCGGUGAUGCUGCCUCCUCCGCGGCCACCUCCACCAUCAUCCCCCCCGGCAAUGGCGCCCCCUCGGCAGACCGCCAGCCCGGAGCCGCCGACAAUGACGCCAUCUCCCUCGGCCCGGGCUCCGGGCCUUCGCUGGCGCACUUGAACUUCCAUCUGACCCCCGGGACUGCGGCCGGCGCCGCCCUGGUGGCUCCCUCUCCCUCGUUGACUUCGCUGGCCAUCGGCCCCGGGGCCGAGCACCACCACCAUCUCCACCAUUCCCAGGCCCCGGGAGCCGGGGGGCUGUCUUUCCAUUCGGGCAUUGUCAGCUCCUCCUCCGGUGCCCUGUCAUCGUUCGUCAACCAGAACAUCUCCCUGUCCGACAUGCCGGCGGCGUCAUUGCACUCGGAUGCCGCCCCCUUCCCGGCGGACCGGGCCACUCCCAACACCGGCAUGCUGCUGGCCAGCGGCGGCACCGGGAUCCCGGCCUUUGCGCAUGCCAACCGCGCGGCGGCCGCCAGCGGCGCCGCUGCCGCACGCGGCGUCGAGCCGGCCACCGUCGACCCCGGCCUCAGUCUCCACUCGAACACCGAUGCCCUCGAGCCCUCGGCCUCGAUCUUCUUCAACAAGGAUGGCCAGCUGGAGUUCGGCGCCGAUGCGGGCGAUGCCAACAUCGCCGCCGGAGCCGCCGACCUCACGGCCGCGUCGAUCGACGAGGAUGACGAGGAGGAGGCCUCCGAGGACACUCAGAUGCAAUCCUCCCCCGAGGGGGCCGCUGCUCGCUCCGCCCCGCGCAGCCUCCCCAUCCCUCCUCGCUCGGUGACCAUCCUCAGCCACACGCCCUCGCCGGUGUCCCUGUCGCCGGGAUCCACCCCGCCCGCCCCGGUGGCCGUGGACCCGUCUGUCCGGCCCCGCAAAACCCGGCGGUCGCGAGCCUCCUCGCCCGAGGGCGGCGCCCGGGCCUCCUCCUCGGCCGCCGUGUCAGUCCCCACGGCCAUGACCGACCCCGUGCCGGACUUUGAUCUGGACCUGGACCCGGCCUCCAGUUACAAGGAGCACGGCAUUCCCGGGUAUUUGGCCGAGAAGCGCCGGCGCAAUGAGCCCCUGGAGGAGGAUGAAAUCCGUCUCCUGGAAAUUGCCGAUCCCGAUGCUCGGCGGCGCUUUGCCCACCAGAAUGCCGAGCAAAAGCGUCGGAACCACAUCAAACAAGCCUUUUUGGAUUUGCGUCUCGCGAUCCCCGAGACCCGUGACAAGAAGACCGUCAGCAAGGCGCAGAUUUUGCACUCGGCCACCGUGUACAUCGCCGAGAAUGAGGAUCGCGAGCGGACCCGCGCGCGGCUUGACUGCCGGGCCUGCCGCUCGGCCGUCUACGGCAAAGCUCGGGCUGAUGUCCUCCCCCCUCUUGGCCGGGAUCUCCUGUCCCAAAUGUCGCACAGCGAACUGGUCGACCAGGUUCUCAUCAAGGAGACCGAGAUCGCCAAGCUCCGAGAGGCGCUGGUGGCAUUGGCCGCCAAAACUCCCCAUACAGAUUCGAGCGCCGGUCUCGGAGCAGCUGGCUCGUCUUCGACAGCGAUUCCGAUCGACCCGGCCAUGCUGCCCGGCGAUUGCGGGGUCAAGUACUGUCCCUCGAACCCGGCGGCUCCCCUUCGGCCGGCCAUGAUGUACGCGCCUGCUGUGCGCCGGCCGGCGGCACCCAGCCCGGUCGUGCCACCGGUCAACAUGAACCAGCUCACCCAGAUGACCGCGACGGGGCUGGCGCUGCAUGAUUCCGCCUGCUCAUCGGAGCCGACAUCGCGAUCGACCUCACCGGUGCCGGCGCCGGUUGGCGGCUCAUCCCUUCCCUCCCCCUCGACAUCCUCCUCGCCUCCGGUGGCCGGCUCGGCACCGCCGCCGCCGCACCAGCAACAGCCACCACACCUUGACGGGGGACACUUCCAUCACCAUGAGGGCUUUGCCCAGGCACACCAUUUGACGCAUCACUCGACGCAUGUGCACCAUGCGCAUGGGCAUCAUGCGCAGCCGCACCCCUCGGCGCACUCGCGCCAUGGCGCCUACCACGCGCCGCGUGCCCAGCAUGCCCCCUCGCACCGGUUCUCCCCGGCGCAGCAGUCGGUGCACUUUGCCGACUACCAUGGCGACGAGCACCAGGCCCUGCCCCCGACAGAUGGUGGCGGGGGCGCCGGCACACGUCACUACGCCGAAUCGGCCGACGGCGGGGUCGCCUCGGGGACAUAUUCCUCCCUGCCGGCGUCCGGUGGCUCCUCCUCCACCCCGGGGCAAGACCACUUCUCCCCGGGCCCACUGGCCGAUGCCGGGGGGGGCUAUGCGCCGCACGAUUCGACUGCCACCAGCCCGGCGGCGCCACUGCCGCUUGAGCGCCUUCGCCAUGGCUUUGCUUCCACCGGGCGGGCGCUGUCCGAUUCGUCGAUCCCCCUCGGCGGCACUCCCCCGGGGGGAGGGAGAGGACAUGGCACCGCGCAUCGGUAGGGGGGCGGCCAGGAGCAGUGGCCCUGGCCUGCCUCGUGCCCGCCCCGAUUCCCGAAGCGACGGGCGGGGGCCCACGAGGCGGGCAUGUGCUGCCUCCCUGGCUUGGCUCUCUGCCUCGUGUACUUUGCCCCGAUUGCUCCCUCCUCUUCUUCCUUUUUGGGGCGCCCUCCGCGCUUCUUGCGCCCAAAAGACAGCAGGAAAGACAAUACACCAACAACCUCAUCUCCGA